AUGCACCAGGCUUUCAAAUCCGUCGCCGAAAACCCUAAAGCCGACCGUUUCAGAGCGAUACGGAAGAACUUAUUCAAGAGUUUCGAAGUCCAGGCCGGAUUCCACCAGGAGCUGCAAGCCACAUACGAGGUCACCACGUCGAAAGCGUGGAUCGAAUGGUUCAGCAUGGAGCAGAAAUACGUUCCCUCGGGAUACUCCCACGAGACAAAAGUUAUACAGGCAGAGUGCGACGCCCCGGACCCGCAGCACGCCUUGGUCUGGAAGAAGCAACAGCGCAAGUUUGCGUCACAUGUCCCGUCGGCGUACUUAAUCUGGACACGUUCGAUGACAGCACAGUCAGCGAUAGCGUCACUCGUGGACCAGAUACUAGUCCAGAAGACAGAGGUCAUGAUUGAUGCCGGGAUUGACUUAGAGCAGUUCAAGGAGGCCAACAACAAUGUGGUGUCUCUCUGGAAGUUCUUUCUCUACCUUACGACGGUUCUCGGAGGUUGCAUGAUCUACAUCACUAUCGGAUCCGUCGGUGAGCAGGAGUUUGCCAUUGUCGGUAAAUUUAUACGCAUGGCGAAGAGUUGGAAGGGGUCGCCUGUCAACGUGACACUCAUUCAUCCGUUCAACGACAACUUUGCAAGAAUGGAUGAUGUCGUGAAUCGCGAUGAUAAGUUCGAUGUUCACCCAUGA